AUGGACACGAGUCACGUGCAGCCCAUCAAGCUCUCUAGGGUAACCAAAGUGCUGGGCAGGACCGGUUUGCAGGGACAGUGCACGCAGGUAUGUGUGGAAUUUAUGGAUGACACCAGCCGCUCCAGCGUCCGAAAUGUCAAAGGUCCCGUUCGAGAGGGAGCUGUGCUCACCCUACUGGAGUCAGAAAGAGAGGCUCGGAGGUUGCGCUGA